UUAUGUAACUCUGUGAUUAUUGUAUUUUAAACGACGAACGAGCGGAGAGAACUCCCACUCCCAUCAUCCAUUGCGUCGAUUCGCGUGCGUUAGCUGUCUGCUGUGUUGAUGAGCUAGCAGGCAAGCCAAAAUGAAGCUUUUAGAACGCUAAGAAGAAUACAAUCACACCGUUUUUGCUCUGCCGCUGCCCUGCGAAAUUUAUAGAAUUGCUAAAAUUAGACCAACGUUGACUAGCCAGCACAGUUUCAUUUCCUCCUGUGGGACAUCUCUUCUUUCUUUGCCUGGAAGAGAAAAUCGUUCGACCUUCCCGAAAUGUGCUGACGAGUGUGUUGGACAGCAGCAGAAGAUGAAGUUGGGAGGCAGGACGAGACUAAUGGACAUAGCUGCGGUCUCCUGCCUGCUGACGUUGUUUAUAAACGUCAGUGCCUUCAAAAGUCGACUCUUCACCAGACAUAAAGGCUCGUAUCACUCCUUUGACAGCACCAUCAACUAUGAAACUUUUUACUUUGACCAAAAGAUUGAUCACUUUGGCUUCCUAGAAGACGGCACUUUCAAACAGCGCUACCUUGUGGCCGACAAGCAGUGGCGUCAGCCGGCGGGGCCCAUUCUGUUUUACACGGGCAAUGAAGGCGACAUCGCCUGGUUCUGCAACAACACGGGCUUCAUGUGGGACGUGGCCGGGGAGCUAGGUGCCAUGCUGGUGUUUGCAGAACAUCGUUACUACGGGGAAUCCAUGCCGUUCGGACCCGACUCUUACAGUGACAGCAAACACCUGAACUACCUGACCUCAGAACAGGCCCUGGCAGAUUUCGCUGUACUGAUCCAGAAUCUGAAGCUCACCCGACCUGGAGCCCAGCACAGCCCAGUCAUCGCCAUCGGAGGUUCUUAUGGAGGGAUGCUGGCCGCCUGGUUCAGGAUGAAAUAUCCUCACAUGGUGGUCGGCGCUCUGGCCUCCUCGGCACCAAUAUGGCAGUUCACUGGCCUGGUGCCGUGUGGCGACUUCUACAAAAUAGUCACGCAGGACUUUGCUAAAAGUGGCCCCAACUGCCACACAAACAUCCGAGCAUCGUGGAAGGCCAUCAGUAAUCUCACCUCCACCGCGUUGGGUCGCCAGUGGCUGUCGGAGGAGUUUGGCUUGUGCGUGCCGCUGAAGAGCGAGAAGGACGCCGCCGACUUCAAGAGUUGGCUGCAGGAGACGUGGGUCAACUUGGCCAUGGUGGACUAUCCUUAUGAAGCCAACUUCCUCCAGCCGCUGCCCCGCUGGCCCAUCCAGGCGGUGUGCAAGCAUCUGUCCUUCGGUUCCUCCGUGUCCGACUACCAGCUGCUGCACGGCGUCUCCCAAGCGGCCAAGGUCUACUACAACUACACAGGAAGCUCCUCCUGCCUCAACACCUCCCAGACUGCAACCGGCAGCCUGGGCUUCCUGGGCUGGAACUACCAGGUGUCUGGCGUACACUGCAGAACACCGCUGGCGUCCAUCUUGGCUAAGAACCCGUGUCCUCCUCCGCAGGCCUGCACCGAGAUGGUGAUGCCCAUGUGCGCAGACGGAGUCCAGGACAUGUUUGAGCCUGAGGAGUGGAACUUCCAGGCGUUCUCUGACCAGUGCAACGCCAUGUUUGGCGUCCGGCCUCGAGCUGAGUGGGCUGGCAGCGUUUAUGGAGGGAAGAACAUCGCUUCGUUUAGCAACAUCAUCUUCAGCAAUGGAGGUCUGGACCCGUGGUCUUCCGGUGGCGUGAUGUACAAUGUGUCCGACUCUCUGGUGUCCAUCAUGAUUCCUGACGGCGCUCAUCACCUGGACCUGCGCUACAGCAACGACCUCGACCCGCCUUCCGUACGCGCGGCCCGCGUGUUGGAGUUGAGAUAUUUUUGGAAGUGGAUCCAAGAGGCUGCUAAAGCACGCCAAACUACGUCAACCUCCGGGUAAACGCUGCUUUUUUACAACUGCCAAUUGAAACUUUCAUUAAACUAAAGUCAGUUUUAUGAAGUGAUGUUCAUUUGAGGUCAAAUCAUUAACAUUUAUCAUUGCAAAAAAACCCACAAUCAAAGCCGCUUCAGGUUGGUACACCUUACUUUGC